AUGGCUACGGACAUCACCCCCCAGAGCCCGCCGUCAAAGGCAUUCCCAACCCCAUCCGCAACCCCUCAAACGACACCUUCCAUGCAUGCGAGGGAUGAUUCCUCUCCCGGCGCAUCGUCAUCACCGACCUCUCUGCCCUUCCAGAACUUCUCGCCCAAUGGGAGGUUUGAUUUUGACGAUGUCGCUGACGAGGAUACAUUAUCACCGUUGGAUCCACGGCGUUUCACACCAACGCUGCAUGCCUCCCUCGUGUCGGAGAUUCUGUCACUCCGGCGAGAAGCAGAAAGUAAAACUAGGGCCAUUGACAUGCUGGAACGCACACUGGACGAGUCGCGAACAGAGAAUGAAAACAUCGCCGUUCGUUUAUCGCAAAGCAACAAAGAAAACCGGUCACUUAGGCAUCAACUACAAUCGUUGGAAGGCGGUACUUCCUCAGCUCUCACUGAACUCACCAGGGAGCGAGAUGAAGUUCAGGAUAGUAUUUCGGAUGUCCGCAAGAAGCUGGAGCAGGCCCAAAAGCGAAUCCGCAGCCGGGAAGAGGAGAUAGAGAGGACACAGAAGCUCUGGGAGCGCGAGAAGCAGUCAUGGGAGAGUGAGCGCAGGAAUCUGGAACGCAAGGUCCAUGUAGUCGAAGGCCGUCUCCGAGUCGUUGUAGAUGAGGUGGCAGCAGCACAGGCGGCUGGGCCUUUUGACGUUGACUCAGGUGCCAAUGAUACGGCCAAAGAAGGAACUGGGAAAGAAAGUGAUUCGGCAAGUGUUCGUUCUGGCAGCAGCCAAGGACUACGCCGUACAAGCGUCACAAGCUUGAGCACCAAUGAGGAUGACUUCCAUAAUGUUCGGUACUCGGUGGCCAGCGUUGCCAACAGCCCAGGUAGCGAGAGUGAAGGCCUCAACCUUGCCCAGGAGCUGGCAUUCGAUGAGGACGAAGAGUUCGGCUCGCUGGAUAAUGACUUAGUGCCUGAUUCCCCCGAGGCACUUCCUGAGGAACGUCCAAUGUCGGUCCAAUCUCAUCUAUCUCAUACAAUCGGAAUGGGUGCGAAAGCGAGGAAAAUCCUUGGUCUUUCUCUUCACAGCAAUCCAGGUGGCCAAGUAACUAGAGAUGAUGGUGCUUCAGAGCCAAGCAGCCCCUGGAAGUCCCCGGUGUCGCUCAUGUAUCGAGACACCGGCAUCCAAUACUCCCCUCCCGCUUCGCCGAAGCUGGCCGUCACUAAAGGCCUGCUUCUGAGCCGACAUGCAGAAGAAAAUGCAGGUAAUCGGAAUUGUAACCCGCGGUCGAUCAAGGACAGCAGUACAUCAACAAUCUCAGCUGACAUGGUAUCGGCGUCCUGCCAGACGGUCGAAUAUCUUCCCACUCCACCUCUCACGCCUAAGAUCGACGAAUCAUCACCCCCACCGCAAGAGCCUGAAACAGUAUUGGUGGCGUCCGUCUCAGUCCAGACAGAGCAGCUCACAGAUGUUAGACCCGAUUCAGAAAGGGUUAGUCUGCCUCCGAAUAAUGGCUCAGCAUCACCGGAUCUUGCGAUUCCAAUGAUUGCGAUCCAUCCACCAUGCUCCAAUCCCCCAUCACCCCGAGGAAGCGUUGUUCUCCCACCACAGACCAAGAGCGUCUCUUGCCAGGUUGAUAUUAAGCCAGCCGUUAAAACUCAAACAGUGGGCACACAGACAGAGGGAAUUCGAAUUGACCAGCGGCCUGUUAAAUUACCAGCGAGGCUACUUCCCUCUGCCAUACAAGAUCUACCUCUCAGAGCAGGUACUGCAGAUGUUCCGAUUCAGGCAUACCAUGCCCCCCUUGCGAGGACUAAGCCCCCAUCCUCUGUCCAAGAGAAGUGGCCGAAACCCCUGCCAUCAAACAAGAUUCAAAGCCAUGUACAAGCCUACCCUGGCAACAACGACAAUGGACCUUUGUCUGAAGACUUGAGGACGGACCUAAGGCGGCCUUUUAGAUCAAGCAGUCUCUUCGCCGGGUUUGAGCAACUGAGUGAUGAUGAUGGACCUCGGGAAUCAGAAGACAUAUUCACCGAUGACGCCCUUCUCAAUAGGCCUUUUGCUUCGUAUACAUUAAAGCGGGGCAAGUUGGUCUCAACUAAAGAACGGCCUAGCUUGGAUGAGCCAACACUGCCCGACCUCAGUGAGCACCUUCUUGACCCCGAUUCUCAUCUGUUGGACGCAUCGAUUGAGAAUAGGCCAAAAGACAGAGACUUGGCCGGGUCUUCUCAACCAGGUCCACGGCCCGGGGCAACAUCAUCGGGGAUCCGUCAGCAGGAUAUCCGAAGAGCCGCGAUGAUUUCCAGUGGAGCAGCUGCGCAUCAAAAGAUACGGCCUCGAAGCCCAAGUGAGCCGAGCCUUGACAGCGGCAGUGCCAGUAGAGCGUCUAGCAUUACGCCUCCCUUUCCAGUUCCAAUCCGACUCAGCUCAAGGAAAUUCCCCCGCUGUGGGAGUGAUGGUCGCCAGAGCCCAACUCCACCCAAUUUCCGAAAAUACUCCGAUGGCCGGCCACAGAUUAUCCGUCGUCCAACCUUGCGGCGAGUACGAUCUGCAGCUGCAAUGGCUCCAUCAGAGCACCACCGACCUGGAAGCCUCUCUUCCCCGAUGUCAGGUUCUUCUUAUGGCCCGGACAGUCCUCAACAUCAACCACCCCUUCCAUUCGAUGACAUCACGGCACCUCGGGACCGACAAGCUAGCCAAAGACGAUCAACGCGUCGUGCGGGCCCGCCUCGCAGCCUGCUUCAUGAGAGGCAAGAUUCAACGGCAACAUCCGUUCAGCCAACGAGUGUCGUUGAUGCGAUUGCCCAGACUAUGGUUGGGGAAUGGAUGCUCAAGUAUGUACGGAGGAAAUCGUUUGGAGUUGGUGAAUCCAAGGAUAAUUGGGACGGUCGGAACGCCGAGGAGGUUUCUGCCAACAUCACCAACAGUGGAAUGAGGCACAAGCGAUGGGUCUGGCUGGCCCCGUACGAGCGAGCCGUCAUGUGGAGCAGCAAGCAGCCCACCAGUGGGCCGGCCCUGCUUGGCAAGAGUGGCAGAAAGCUAAUUAUUCAAUCAGUCCUGGACGUCAAAGAUGAUACCCCUUUCCCCAAGGGCUUCAACUCGCAGAACCAGUUCAAUCGUUCCAUCUUAAUCCUGACCCCAAAGCGAGCCCUGAAAUUUACUGCAAUGAGCGUCGAGCGACAUUAUGUCUGGCUUACAGCUCUGUCUUUCUUGAGCCACUCUGCCACGGGUCUCCAUGACCUUGCUGCUCUCCCACCGGUGCCGCAGGAAGAAAUCACGUCGCCCGCUUCAACGGCGACGUUGCGUCGAAAUCCAAUCCGGGAUUCGAUCCGAAUUGCCAAAGGUCGACCUCGACCAGGACCCAUGGGGAAGCGAUCGUUAAAUCAACCGGAGCCAGUCCCAGAGCUUCCUACUAGCCUAGAACCCACGAACUCCAUGGAUGCAGCCGAUCCGCCCACAGUGCCUCGGUUCUCUAACCACUCGCGCAAACGAAGCAACACGAACCCCCGCAUGCCAGCGAUCCGCAGUUUCUCUAGCCAGGGUACAAUGCCGUCCAUUCCUAGCACGCGAGGCUCCGAUGCUAACGGGCCCACAUCCCAUGGCCCGGCGACUAUUAAUAGUGGCCGGAGUAGCUACAGCCGGCGCACUUCGGAAGCCAGCACCGGAACAGGAAACUUCUUUGAUGCGAUUGGCACCGUUCGAAUGGAGGCAUUCAUUGACCAGACGGAGUCCAACCGGAUCCGCAACACUCGUGCUUGGCAUGGGAGUAAGGCGUCUAGUCCUUGGGGUGUGGGAAGCCAAGGAUACCAUGAGCCCGAGUAUCCAACCUAUGAGGAUGGUGAGCAUUUUCACCAUGACGAUCCUUUCCGAGGGUUUUAA